AUGCCAAAUCCCGAGGCCCCAGCUGUACAAGUACCCUCUUGUUUCACCGAUACCCAUGGGGUAGUCAUAUCAACUAUGAACGACCUACCAGGUUACAAGAUUAAGAAAGUGCUUGGUACCAUCUACGGAAUCACUGUCCGAACACGCAACUGGGGUGCUGAUCUGGGUGCUGUUUUCCGCUCAGCUAUCGGAGGGGAGAUACGGUUCUUUACAAAUAUGAUGUAUUCGGCUCGUGAGGAAGCGAUGGAGAGACUAGUUGGGGAGUGUAUGAGUCGAGGCGGGAAUGCGAUUGUUGCGGUCAGGUUUGAUGUUGCGAGCUAUGGGGUUUGUUCGCAAAUUUGUGCUUAUGGGACGGCUUGUCUAGUUGAGGUAGUUGAGGAACAGUGA